AUGGCUGCUCUGGAGGACGGGUCCUACGCCGUCUCACCCAACGCCGAUUACGUCCCUUCCCCUCCGCCGGGCCCGCGGGACCACGAGGAUGUUCUCUCAGAUGGUAGGAGGGGUAUAUUCGAGCCGGGAUUCCACCCGCAAUAUUGGAGCAGCGCCAGGGGCCAUCUGCCCUUCAUAUACGAGAUACCUCCUGGCGCGGAAGGAGUCGACCCUGCGUACGUCCUUCUGGAUUGCAAGAGGAAUGGACGGAGAGGUAACUUCCACAUCCUCAACAACCAGAGCGGCAAGGGCAAGUCCGACUCGGACUUCAUCAUAGCUUUGACGGGCCUGUACGAUGCGGAGCUCCUUCGGGCGGAGGGAUUCCUCUCUAGAGAUCGAGACCCGCCCAAGUCUCUGGUCCUCCGACCAGCGGACGUCAAGGAAGCUAGGUACCAGUUCGAGUACAUCGACUCCAAUCUCGAGACGGCCCGCAAGCAUGUGGCGACGAUCCAGCGCCAUUUACUGGAGCUGAGGGCGUACGCGUACCGCUCCUACCUCCAGAAAGCGUUUGACGAAGGGCGUCUUGCUGCCCCAUCUCCUAGCCUCGUCGGCGUCGGUUGUUGGGUUCGAGGGUCAGACGAAGACCUCAUCAAGCGGUUAGUAUGGUUCGGUAUCCCCGUCUGGUACUCCCGCCGUGAAGGUCCCGCAGCGUCUCAACUCCUCCUGCGGAUCCAUUCUGUCGAUGGACGUUUGUCCAAUGAACCCUGGGACGAGGAAGAGCACGGUCCUCCGCCCGAAAAAACGAAGAAGUCGUCGCGUCGCCAGAAGCAACGCGCCGCGGAAUUCCUGUCCGCGGACGAAGAUUCGGACUUCGACUGGGAGAAAUCCCGUGGCCUUCGCCGACCCGCCCCGGUCGCCGGACCGUCUCUGCCCAUGACAGUCCCCUCCGCUCGACCGCUAGCCGGUAGUCCUAUUGCCGCGCUCACCUCCGUCGCAGAAGAGGAAGGAUGGGUCAAUCAGCCCGCCCCCGAUCCUACCCCUCUUUCGUCGCCUCCGAGGCUGUCUUCUCCCCUGGGAAGGAGAAUGGACGUUUCCCCUCCUCCCCGAGUCGAUUCCCCGAUGGUCCUUGGUUCUCCGCCUCCUUCGAAGCGGGUUGAGUCUGCGACGAAGCCUUCCCUCACCUCCUCGUCGGCCUCUUCGAGUCAGCUGGACCGGGGUAAGCGACGCGCUUCCCCGUCGUCACGACUGUCCCUCCUGCCUCCUCCAAUCACUCCUCUUGCCCCUCUUCGUCGAACGUCUCCUUCGCGCUUGCCCGCUCGUCCCUCGCGUCAUCGCUCUCCUCCUCGUCGCGUGUCGCCUCCCCCGCCGCGUCGGGGACGUUCCCCCGCUCCAUUGGAACGCGCCUCCCGGCGACGGUCCCGUUCUCCUUCCCCCCGCCGAGACCGUCUCGCGGAACGACAAUCCGAUCGCCGGCGAUCGCCUCGGCGGCUGCAUUUCUCCCCGGUCCGAUACACCCCCCGCGGGAUGAACCGUCCUCCUCCGGGUCAAAGGAUUGACUUCGACGACCGCCGUCGAUUCAAUCGAAGGGAGGAGACGCCUCACGCGCCGACACGAGGGAGGGAAAGGAGCUCUGGGCCUAGUAGGCGUUCGCGAAGCCCCGCGUCGUCUACUGAGCAACGGGCCCCCACGAGACCCGCUACUCCCCCGCCAUUGACGCCCUCGCUACCCCUCGAACAACGACUUGCGUCAGCUAUUCCGGUUCCUCCCCGUCGAUCCCUGCUGGAUAGGCUGGAGCCCUCGAGCCUCCUUUCUCGACUGAAUCCUCCAGAGAUCCCUGUUCUGGAAGAAGGAGAACUGGGUCCCGAUGAAAAGCGCUCAAAGACUUCGUUAUUCGAACGCAUGGGUCUACCCCUCGAGAGCCGGAUCUCGGAAGCAACCCCCCACACGCUCCCGACUCCCCCGACGGCCCCAACCGUUGACGAGCUGCACACGGUCAGCCUACCCUCCGGAGUCCCUCUAAGGACCCGCCUUCCGCUGCACUCCGCCGCCGAGGUGGAUGAAUACCUCCACCAUCCCUUCGAGCGUGACGGAAACGUGCCAGUCCUCCGGCUAAAGGGAGAAGACGAGCUGGGUCCCGCGCCGGUCUAUCCUCAAGACGCGGGGACGCCGCUACCCUCUCCCCAACUCUUGCUAGCGGAGGGCGACGAAGGGUACCUGAGCACGAUCACUUGGCUGCAAAAUCGUGGACCCUGUCUUCUACGUCUGCAGAGGAAGCCGGAGGAUUGGGUUCUGCGGAACCACCGUCAAUGGAAGUCUAACCUCCGAGGUCCUCCUAACUUGGUGAGAGCUGCUAGGACCAAUCCAGCUCGUCCCUUACCAGACGGCGCCAUCGACCCGUUCCGGAACCCUCUCCCGAACGAAAGGGAGAACGAGAUCUGGAGUUUGCGGACGUUCUUGUUUCGAUACAAUUUCGAACGACUAGCGGCAAGGCGGCUACCAAGUCUCCAAGCGGCCACGACGGACGCAGCGCGGGGGGCCAUCUGGGCAGGAGUACGCGACCGUAUUCGACGAGCGUGGGGACAAGGAACGACAACAUAUCCAUCCGCCGACGAGCCGCGUUACUUCGACAGUGACGACGACGUGGUACGCAUGAGGCACUGGUUCGCAAUCGGACGGCUCAUGCUCGAAUGGAACCUACGGGACGACAUCGCUCAAGACCUGCGACUCGCGAUGGGGGGCACUGUUAUGGAUGCGGUAGAGCGCAUCAAGGCUGCGUACGCUAACGUAUAUAGGACUACCUUCGAUAAUCGCGACCCGCAGGCUUUCGUACCGCGUCCCUAG